GCUUGGAUUACCUCUGCGACUCUGUCAUAAACUCACAAUAGAGCCUUCAGCUUUGUACUCAUUUUAGCUUCUUCUCCAACGCUCCUCCUACAAUCCCCUCUGCACUAUUUUCUCCACGAUUCUUCGCAUAGCCACUUCAUAGCUUUUCUUAUCGACCCAGUUCUUCUGGUCGCUUACAUUUGAAUACAGAGGUUUGCUUUGUUUCUAGCAUAUUCCUUUCAGAAAUAAGUGUUAUUUCUGUUUGACUACUAGGAUCAGUCAUAGGCCUUGUUUGGUUGCACAGAAACUGAGACAAGCAGAAAAGACAACAUAUUUGGAGUCAUACUUUGUUUCACGAGUCUAAUGGAAAAUAGUGGAAGCAGUUCAAUUUUAAGGAAUAGGAGCUUUUUGAACACAAGCUCUGGUCCAACUGCAGAAGGAGCAUCUAAAAUUUUGGAGAAGGAUGUAGGACAGAAGUUGAGGCGUCUCGAAGUUGAUGUCAAUGAAGAUGGUUUUGGUUCCAAACUGAUAUCUUGUGUAAGAAUUGUUACGUGUUUCGUUACGAUGAUGGUUACUACUUUGAUAUGGGCUUUGAUUAUGCUUGUGCUCCUACCUUGGCCUUAUGAGAGGAUUAGGCAAGGAAAUGUGUAUGGACAUGUUACUGGUAGAUUGAUGAUGCGGAUUUUAGGGAAUCCUGUACAGAUCGAAGGAGCUGAAUUCGCUAAUAAGAGGGCAAUUUUUAUCAGUAAUCAUGCUUCUCCUUUAGAUAUUUUCCCUAUCAUGUGGUUGACUCCCACAGGCACUGUCGGUAUUGCGAAAAAGGAGGUCAUAUGGUAUCCCCUAUUUGGACAACUUUAUGUACUGGCCAACCAUCUUCGCAUAGAUCGCUCCAAUCCAACAGCAGCCAUUGAAUCUCUGAAAGAGGCAGCUCAGGCAGUCGUGAGAAAAAAACUUUCUUUGAUCAUCUUUCCUGAGGGCACCAGGUCAGCAGAUGGAAGACUACUCCCUUUUAAAAAGGGCUUUAUUCAUCUGGCAUUACAAACACGCCUCCCAAUAGUUCCCAUUGUCCUUAUAGGUACCCAUCGAGCAUGGAGGAAGGGUAGCUUACGCGUUCGACCAACACCUUUAACAAUAAAGUAUCUUUCUCCAAUAAGCACUGAUGAUUGGACAGCUGAUAAAAUUGAUGAAUACAUUCGAAUGUUACAUGACUUGUAUGUCCAACACCUCCCAGACUCACAGAGGCCUCUUGCAUUAGCAGAAUCCACAAAUGGUACCAAAUCAUAGUUAUGGACCUUCUUGUACAUUUCUUUGUAAUCGUCAUUCAAUUCUUUAUACCCCAUUGUUAAAUACCCUGUGGAAUGUAGCUUAAAAGUUAGCACGGAGGGUUAGGAGGUGAUGCUAAACUCCAAUUGCCUUUACUGAGAAUUUAGAAUCUGUUUGA